AACCCGAUUGCCCACAAUGAAUCCAAUAUUCUCCGCGCUACUGUUCAGUUUGGUAGCGGGUCUAGCCCUCGCCGAGAAGUCGGACUAUUGUCUGAGCGAGAUUGUCAGGUCGGACGAGAGGAUCCGUUCACACGGAUAUCCCACAGAGACGCACGAGGUGACCACCGAGGAUGGCUAUGUGCUGACCCUGUUCCGCAUCCCGUACUCCCACAAGCUGAAGAACCAGAACGAGAAGCGACCUCCCAUUCUGCUGCAGCACGGAUUGUUCAGUAACUCCGACUGCUUUCUGUGCUCCGGACCGGAUAACUCCCUGGCCUACCUUCUCGCGGAUGCCGGAUACGAUGUUUGGCUGGGCAAUGCCCGUGGCAAUAUCUACUCGCGGAACAACGUUAUCAUCUCGCUGAACAGCCACAAGUUCUGGCACUUUGACUGGCAUGAGAUCGGUACCAUCGACAUUCCCGCUAUGAUCGACUACAUCCUGGCGGACACUGGCUACGAUCAGAUACACUACGCCGGACACUCGCAAGGAACCACCGUGUACCUAGUGAUGCUCUCCGAGCGACCGGAGUACAAUGCCCUCAUAAAGUCCGGACAUAUGCUGGCUCCAUGUGCCUUCUUCGAGCACGGAACCUCCUUCAUUUUCAAUGCCCUGGGUCCCUUGGUGGGCACACCCGGUGGCAUCUGGAACCAACUGCUGGUGGACACCGAAUUGAUCCCGCACAACAACCUGGUUAACCGAUUGGUCGACAACAGUUGCCAUCUGUCCAACUCGAUCUGCAACAACGCCUUCAUUAUGUUCGCUAACGGCGGAUACGUUAAUGCCAAUGCGAGCUCCAUGAGCGUCCUAAUCGAGACCCAUCCGGCUGGAUCCUCCAGCAACCAGGGCAUCCACUACCUGCAGCUGUGGAAGUCCCUCAAGUUCCGCCAGUACGAUUGGGGCACCAAGAAGAACAACGAGCUGUACGGCCAGGACUUGCCUCCGGAUUACGAUCUCAGCAAGAUCACCGCACCCACCCACUUGUACUCCAGCGACAACGAUGCCCUUUGCGGGCCCGAAGAUGUUAAGACCCUAGUGGCGAACUUCCCGCACCUGAAGGAGGACUAUCAUGUGCCCGUCCAGAGCUUCAACCACUUGGACUUCAUCAUCGCCAGGAACAUGAAGGAGCUGGUCAACGAUCCGGUCAUCGAACGCAUUAACUCCUACGAAGGUCGCUAGAAAUUGGCCAAUAAAAGAACCCGUAAUGCA